GAAAAAAACACAAAGCCGAUGUCGAAAUCCGGCGGAAACCAACCCGUAGAUCGAUACCUAAGACGCCAAGUCCUCGGAGAAGGAACAUACGGUGUCGUUUACAAAGCCACCGACACCAAGACAGGUAAGACAGUAGCAGUGAAGAAGAUUAGGUUAGGAAACCAAAAAGAAGGCGUCAAUUUCACGGCCCUUAGGGAGAUCAAACUCUUAAAAGAGCUGAACCAUCCACACAUCGUCGAGCUCAUCGACGCGUUUCCACACGACGGAAGCUUGCAUCUCGUCUUCGAGUAUAUGCAAACUGAUUUAGAAGCUGUGAUUCGUGACCGUAACAUCUUCCUUUCUCCUGGUGAUAUCAAGUCUUAUAUGUUGAUGACUCUUAAAGGUUUAGCUUAUUGUCACAAGAAAUGGGUUCUGCAUAGGGAUAUGAAGCCUAAUAAUCUGUUGAUUGGAGAGAAUGGUUUGUUGAAGUUGGCUGAUUUUGGGUUGGCGAGAGUGUUUGGGAGUCCGAAUCGGAGGUUUACUCAUCAGGUAUUUGCUACGUGGUACAGAGCCCCUGAGUUGCUGUUUGGGAGUAGACAGUAUGCAGCAGGAGUUGAUGUCUGGGCUGCAGGCUGUAUCUUUGCUGAGCUCUUACUUCGUAGACCGUUUCUACCCGGUUCUACUGAGAUAGAUCAACUCGGAAAAAUCUUUCAAGCUUUUGGAACUCCAACACAAUCCCAAUGGUCUGACAUGAUCUAUCUCCCAGAGUACAUGGAGUUCUCCUACACACCAGCUCCACCACUACGUACCAUUUUCCCUAUGGCAAGCGAUGACGCUUUGGAUCUUCUAGCCAAAAUGUUCAUCUACGACCCACGCCAACGGAUCACCAUACAGCAAGCUUUGGACCACAGGUAUUUCUCGUCUUCUCCAUCACCAACUGAGCCAGGGAAGCUUCAGAUUCCGGCUUCGAAAGGAGACGCCCUUGAACCAAAGGCCUCUGAGCAAAACAACCAACACGGAAACAGCCCUGCCGUGCUAUCACCUCCUGGAAAAAUGAGGAGAGUGAUGGGUCCUGAGGGAUAAUACCUGAGUGUCUGUCUUCAUUUGUGGUCGUAUAUACAAUCGUCAAUGGCUUUGAUUGGAUUUUGCAGUAAGUCUAGCUAGCAUUCGAGUUUUGUAAUGCCUUUUUUCUGCAAAUUAGUUACCAGUCAAAACUUAUCAGAAAGAACCAAAAAGCAAAAAGAAAGAGAAACAGUUACUCAGUUUUUUCGGCGCAGAGCAAUUUAUAGUGAUAUUAGUUGCUAUAUUUUAUUCAAAUGAUUAUAGGAUUCAAUACUUAUUCAAGGUUUCAACUUUCAAGUGUUGUAGAUGUACUCAAUAUAUAAAAAAAC